CGGAGCUUAUUAUUAUUUUGGCUUAUUAUUCUCUUUCCUGAGAAUUAUCACCAAGCACUUCCAUGAACCUUGCUAAUCAAACGGCUUUUGCCAGCUCACUACGUAAGUACCAGGACUACUGGCCGCUAGUAACUUCAACGAGGUGAAAAGGUAGGUAUGAAGGAAAGAGUGCACAUUCUAUUUUCUAUCUGUGCAUGCAAUGGAGGACGUGACUGCAGCACUGUCCCCGCCAGAAGACGCACCUGCAAUUGCACACUCUGUACCAGGGAAUUGAGGAUCAGGGCUAGAACUUGAAGCUUUUAUCUAGUCUCCCUACCUGCAGCUCAUGAGCUGCAUUUACACGCCGAAAAGAGUGCCUCUCAACUUUCGAACUGGACAAUUUCUCCAAUCUGUCUACAAAGUUGGCUAUCCAUUUUGACACCAGUAGGCUUCGCCGCCAUUAUUAUUUUCUCCUGCCCCAAAAAGCCCUGUCAGCAAGCUGGCGGCAACUUGAAAUUAAGACGAGCGCAAAAAUGGCUGCCCCGGCCAAGACUGACGCAGACCAGAAAGCCCCGCCCCCUUCUGAGGUGGGCAUUGCAAUCGCCGGCGGCGGUCUGGGUGGGCUAGCUUUGGCGGUGGGCCUGCUGGAACGGGGCUUCGACGUGCACGUCUUUGAAGCGGCCCAGGAGCUCAGGACAGGCUCAGGGACGAUCAUAGGCCUCGCAGCCAAUGCAAAUACCGCACUGGACGGUUUGAAACCCGGGUUACACCAAGCAAUCCGGGACGUGGGGAGCGUUUCAAAGGAGAUGGUCUUUUACCGGUUGCGGAACGGGGAAGUCGUGGAGACGAAGGAGGCCAAAGACAUGGGAGCCACGGGAGUCAUGGUCGUCCGCUGGCAGAGCGUUCAGAACAUACUGGCGACGUUGGUGCCCCCGGAGCGUGUGCACUGCGGUCUUCGGCUGAGCGCUUAUGAGUCCGUGGAGGAGGGUGUGAAUGCCGUCUUCGAUGUAGUGGGCGCGUCAGCAGAGCAUCACUACACGCACCGGAACGAGCAGGCGGCAUGUGGACAGCGGACGGUCCGGGCCAAGCUCUUAGUCGGCGCGGACGGCAUUCGAUCUGCCGUCCGGAGAAUCCUGGCCGGCGACGCCCCGCGCUACGUGCGCCAUCUGAAUUGGAACGCGGUGGUUCCGAGAGAGUUCGUUCCGGGCCUCAGCAAAGACACCCUGCACCGGACGGAAGAUGACGUCACGGGCCUCAUCACGUUCAAAGCGGACGCGGGCCACGGCUACAGCUUCUGGCAGGUCCGCGUGCGGGAUACGGACUGCCGGCUCGCGGACAGCCUCGGGCCCACGUGGGGGGGGCUCGGGAAACCGGGCGCCAAGCAGCGCGCGCUGGAGCAUCUCGAAGAACUGGGGGAGGCUUACGAUGCCGUCCGAUCCGCCAUCGAGUCGACGCCGGAGGCGGACAUCUUCGAGCGCCGGCUGAUGGCCAACGGACCGAUCGACACGUGGCUAGACGCGGACGACCGAUUGGUGCUUCUUGGAGACGCUGCUCACGCGAUGCACCCCGGGCCCGGCGAAGGCGCCCGGCAGGCGUUCGAGGACGCGCACCAGCUGUGCCUCGCUCUAGUUGACGAGGGCGCGGCCGCGCUCGACCGCGCGGCCGUGGGGCGGGCGCUCAAAAGGUACGAGCUGCUUCGCAAGCACCGGUGCGAGACGGUCCAGGCGAUGGCUCUGGAGGGCAGCGGCCUGCCGCCGGAAGAGACCGUUCCGCCGGAGUUCCGGGACUUUACCCGGGAGCAGAAGAACGACCGGUUCAAGGAGUUUGCAAGCUGGCUGCAGACGUACCCGGACAACCCGGUCGGCGAUCCGAACAGCCGGUUCUUCAAACCCCCGGCAGAACUUGAAGAGAUUACCUGAGGAGCGGGUUAAGACGCCGGGUUGGGGAUUUGGAUUGAAACAUAACUUUGUAGGGAGUUCGUGAGAGAGUUGAGUUGCUAGAAACGAAGCUUGCGUGUUCCAGAGAGGUUGGGCGACUGAUCGAGGCAGGCGGCCGAGAAAGCGGGGAAGAGCCCGGAAGCUCUUGCGGUAGCAAAGUUGCAGAAUCCUAACGAUUAACGUACUGGAGGAUCAGAGUGCAAAGCUGUAGUAUUAGGCUUCCUUUCGUUGUGGAUUCCUCAAGUAUUGCGUUGGCGGGAUAGCGUGUUAAGUCUUUAGACGUGUACGUGUUGUUACAGAUUCUUGGAUUGAAAUUUACUAACCACUACUAAUUGAUAACAUCCUUUGCAUUGCGAAAGUUGACCUAGACUGGC